GGCAGUAGACCACCACACCGGAGAGAAAGAAACAUACGCAUCCCACCAACGCGAGCGCCUCAGAGCCUCAGAGAUCCCCAGAAUCACUCACUGCUACGUUGUACCACAGCUAAGUCAGCAGCGGCAGUAGCAAAGGAGCGGGAUAAGAGCUAGCGGUGGUGGUACGCGACUUCCCUCCGUCGUCGCCAAAAGCAUCGCGACACCGAGAAACGGCCACGAGCCGAGAGCAAGCGAGCGAGCGAGGGAGCGAGUCAGCCAUCCGUCCAUCCGUCGGCCAUGGCACUAGUGGACGCGCUGUGCGCCUCCAGCGUCGACAAUGCGGCGCUCGUCUACAGCACCUUCAACGCCGCAGGCUUCCUCUUCGACAAUGCCGCGGGUUUCUACGACGGCACCGGCAUUGCCGAUGGCCCGGCGCUUGCGCUGCAGGCGGCCGACAGAGCGCCGGGGCUGUCCGCCGCGGGUGACGUGGCGCCGUGCCUGGAGAAGCAGUCCACGUCGUCGCCCGCGCCGCCGAGGAGGAAGCGGCGUCGGCGGGCGAGGAGCUGCAAGUCGAGGGAGGAGACCGAAUGCCAGCGCAUGACCCACAUCGCCGUGGAGCGCAACCGCCGGCGCCAGAUGAACGAGUACCUCGUCGUGCUCCGCUCCCUCAUGCCAGAGUCCUACGUCCAGAGGGGUGACCAGGCAUCGAUCGUCGGAGGGGCGAUAGAUUUCGUCAAGGAGCUGGAGCAGCAGCUGCAGUCGCUGGAAGCGCAGAAGCGGACGCUGGCUCACUACCAGCAGCACAAGGCAGGAUGCGACGCGACGCCGCUGCCGGCGGCCAUGCCGACGCGCGCCAGCACCAGCGGUGGCAACGCCUGCGUGGAGUCCACGAGCAACUGCAGCAGCAGCGUCACCGAGGCGGACGGCGCGUCCGACGCGCCGCCGUUCGCGGGGUUCUUCACGUACCCGCAGUACGUGUGGCGCCAGUCGCCGCGCGACGCCACGACGCUGUCGGCGGACGAGAGCCGCGCCGGGGUGGCCGACAUCGAGGUGAACCUGGUGGAGACGCACGCCAGCCUCCGCGUCAUGGCGCCGCGGCGGCCCGGCCAGCUGCUCCGCAUGGUCGCCGGCCUGCAGGCGCUCCGUCUCACCGUGCUGCACCUCAACGUCACCGCGCUCGACUCCCUGCUCCUCUACUCCCUCAGCCUCAAGGUGGAGGAGGGAUGCGGCCUGACGACGGCGGACGACAUCGCGGCGGCGGUGCACCAUGUGCUCUGCUUCAUCCACGCGGAGGCGGGGGCGGCGUCGCAGCAGCUGCUCGCGCCGGCGCAGUAGGCGACGAUGGCCGCGGCGGCCGGAGGGUUAAGCUGCAGCACCUUCAUAUAUGUACUCGGACAGCUAGCUAGUGCAUGCCAUUAAGGAGUAAGGACGAGUCAUGUAAUUUAACCCGUCGGAUCUACUACUGGGCUUAGAUGUUGUGGGCGGUGCACGUCGCGCUGCCGCUUUCUCGCAAGUCUAUCCAGUGUGAUGUGGCGACGUAGUGUACCGUAGUAGUCCGUAAUAGGUUCAGCUGCAUGUGUUUCCCCAAUAUUGUUAUAUUAUAGGCGAGUCGUUUCAGUUUCUCAAAAACAAAAGUCUUAUGUGCCACUGAUUUUUUUCGGUCUAUGGCACUGAUUAAGUGUUGGCCAUUCA